UCUCUUUCCCCCCCUCGUUUGUCACUUCACACGAUUCUCAAGCGAUUCCCAAAAGAAAAUGCCUUCUCACUUUUUGGAACCCGUCGCUCGCCCACUGCCACCAUCGCCACCACUGCUUGAUUCGAACAGUCCUAUCAAAGCGUCUACCCUUUCUUUUCAGACACCUGAAGCUUCCCACCGACACAAGCACGUUACUCUCCCUACCAAGCAUACUCGCCUCCCCACCCUUGAUAAGCCGGUGGAUUCGAACGCAUAUGCCUCGCUUCUUGAAUAUUGUAAAUGCCCAAUUUUAGGGAAACAGAUACAUGCCCACGCAGUCAAAUCUGGGUUUCAUGGGCACGAGUUUGUGGAAACCAAGUUGCUCCAGAUGUAUGGGAGAUGUGGUUGUUUGGAACACGCGAAUUGGUUGUUCGAAACAAUGCCGCUUAGAAAUAUGUAUUCUUGGACUGCCAUUCUUAGUGUCCAUGUGGAUAAUGGGUUCUUUGAGGAAGCUCUUUUGCUCUUUCGAGAACUACAAUUCGCGGACGUUGCUUUAGAGUUUUUCGUGUUUCCGGUGGUCUAUAAGAUUUGCAGUGGUCUUGGCAUGGUAGAACUAGGAAGACAGUUACAUGCGAUUGCGGUUAAGAAUCAAUUUGCUUCAAAUAUUUAUGUGGGUAAUGCUCUGAUAGAUAUGUAUGGCAAAUGUGAUAGUUUAGAUGAUGCCAAGAAGGUUUUAACAACGAUGCCCAAGAAGGACCGCGUUUCAUGGAAUUCUUUGGUCACAGCUUGUGCUGCCAACGGUUUGGUCUACGAGGCAUUGGAGUUUCUGGAAAGAAUGUCUUUGGAUAAUUUAAUGCCGAAUCUUGUUACUUGGAGUGCAGUUAUUGGAGGGUUUUCGCAGAAUGGUUAUGAUGAGCAAGCCAUUGAGCUGCUUUACAGGAUGCAGGCUGCAGGAUUUCAACCAAAUGCGCGAACCCUAGCAAGUGUUCUUCCAGCUUGUGCGAGACUACAAAAGCUAAGCCUUGGAAAAGAACUCCAUGGCUAUAUAACUAGACAUGGGCUUAUGUCUAACCCUUUCACUGUGAAUGGAUUAGUUGACAUGUACAGGAGAUGUGCUGAUAUGGGGAGUGCUUCCAACAUAUUUUCAAAGAAUUCCAUUAAAAAUUGUGUCAUAUAUAAUACAAUGAUCGUCGGAUAUUACGAGAAUGGUGAAAUCUCCAAGGCCAAGGAACUGUUUGAUCGGAUGGAGCUAGCUGGCAUCAAGAAGGAUAUAAUUUCAUGGAACUCCAUGAUAUCAGGAUAUGCAGAUAGCUUCAUGUUUGAUGAAGCUUUGAGCUUGUUUCGAGAUGUACUGAUGGAAGGGUUUGAACCUGAUUCGUUUACUCUAGGAAGCGCUCUUAGUGCUUGUGCCGAUAUGGCAAAUUUGAGACUAGGGAAGGAAAUACAUUCUCAUGCCACUGUCAGAGGUCUGCAAUCUAACACCUUUGUGGGUGGAGCUCUAGUGGAAAUGUACUGUAAAUGCCAACACUUAGAAGCAGCUCAAAUGGCUUUUGAUGAAGUAAAUGAAAGGGAUACACCAACUUGGAACGCUCUAAUCUCUGGCUAUGCAUACUGCAAUAAGAAAGAACAUAUUCCAGAUCUUAUUCCUAAGAUGAAAGCAGAUGGUUUUGAGCUGAAUGUAUAUACAUGGAAUGGUAUGAUCGCCGGUUAUAUGGAAAAUGGCCAUUAUGAUUUAGCCAUGAAAUUGUUCGCAGAAAUGCAGACUUCACAUUUGAGGCCUGAUAUAUACAGCGUUGGAAUGAUUUUAACGGCAUGCUCAAGGUUGGCCACAAUUGAGCGAGGCAAGCAGGUUCAUGCACAUUCGAUCAGAUUUGGUUAUGAAUCAGAUAUUCACAUUGGAGCGGCACUUUUGGACAUGUAUGCAAAAUGUGGAAGUAUAAAACACGCUUUGCAGGCUUAUAACAGGAUUGAGAAUCCUAAUUUGGUUUCUCACAAUGCCAUGCUUACAGCAUAUGCCAUGCAUGGACAUGGGGAUGAGGGAAUUGCAUUAUUCCGGAAAAUGUUGAAAGAGGGUUUUAGACCAGACCAGGUAACUUUUCUGUCAGUUCUUUCUUCAUGUGUCCAUGCCGGAUCGGUCGAAACAGGUCAUGAAAUCUUUGAUAUGAUGGGAUAUUACAAAGUGAAACCCACAUUAAAACACUAUACUUGUAUGGUUGAUCUCUUAAGUCGAGCAGGUCAGCUUAAUGAAGCUUAUGAACUUAUCAAGAAAAUUCCCAUGGAGCCUGAUUUGGUGAUGUGGAGUGCUUUGCUUGGAGGAUGUGUUGUUUGUGGUAAUGUUGCAUUAGGAGAAAUGGCAGCAGAGCGGCUCAUAGAGUUGGAACCGCAUAACACUGCAAACUAUGUUCUAUUAGCAAACUUGUACGCUUAUGGCGGGAGAUGGGAUGAUCUAGCUAAAACAAGACAAAUGAUGAACAGUAGAGGAAUGCAAAAGAGCCCGGGAUGCAGUUGGAUUGAGGAUAGAGAUGAGAUUCAUGUGUUUCUUGCAAGUGAUAAAACUCACAACCGAGCUGAAGAAAUUUAUUCUAUUUUAGAUAAUUUGACCAUUCAGAUGAAAAGAGGGUUCUCAACUUCUCUUUAGUGCAACAAAAACUUGAAUUUGAA